GCCCCGGGCUUGGAGCCGAGCGCGGAGAGCGCAGCGCCGCCCGAGCCGAGCCGCGAGGAGCGCACGCCGCGGCCCCGAUGGAGCGGUUCAAAGCCCUGGAGCAGCUGCUGACAGAGCUGGAUGACUUCCUCAGGAUUCUUGACCAGGAGAAUCUGAGCAGCACAGCCGUGGUGAAGAAGAGUGGCCUGGCCGAGCUUCUCCGCUUGUACACCAAGAGCAGCAGUUGUGAUGAGGAAUACAUUUAUAUGAACAAAGUGACAGUCCACAAGCAACAGAAUGCCGAGUCCCAAGACAAAGCGCCGGAGGAGCAGAACCCGCUGACCAACGGUGAGCCCCCCCAGCCCUCCUCGGCCCCUCAGAAGAGUCUCCCAGACCUCCCGCCCCCCAAGAUGAUUCCAGAACGUAAACAGCUCUCUGUCCCGAAGAUCGAGUCUCCAGAGGGUUACUAUGAAGAGGCUGAGCCGUAUGACACAUCCCUCAAUGGCCAUCCCAGCAGAUAUCCCGCCUGUGGAGUCCCCAGAUGGGUGCAGGUGCCUGAAGGAGUCAUUUACGCCACCAUCACCUUGGAGGACGGAGAGGCCGUGAGCAGCUCCUACGAGUCCUACGACGAGGAGGAGAGCAGCAAGGGCAAGUCGGCCCCCUACCAGUGGCCCUCGCCCGAGGCCAGCAUCGAGCUGAUGCGUGACGCCCGCAUCUGCGCCUUCCUCUGGCGCAAGAAGUGGCUGGGCCAGUGGGCCAAGCAGCUAUGCGUCAUCAAGGACACCAGGCUCCUGUGUUACAAAUCCUCCAAGGACCACAGUCCUCAGCUGGACGUGAGCUUGCUGGGCAGCAGCGUGGUGCACAAGGAGAAGCAAGUACGGAAGAAGGAGCAUAAGCUGAAGAUCACGCCACUGAAUGCCGACGUGAUCGUGCUGGGCCUGCAGAGCAGGGACCAGGCGGAGCAGUGGCUCAGGGUCAUUCAGGAGGUCAGCGGCCUGCCUUCCGAAGGAGCUUGUGAGGGAAGUCAGUUCACCCCAGAUGCCCAGCGCCUGAGCUGUCCGAAGCCAGAUAUAACAGAGAAGUACCUGUCAGCCUCGGAGUGUGGAAGCCCCAUAGAUGGUCACCCUGAAGUCCCAGAGACCAAAGACGUCAAGAAGAAAUGUUCUGCUGGGCUCAAACUGAGCAACCUGAUGAACCUGGGCAGGAAGAAAUCUACCUCGCUGGAGCCUCCGGACAGGUCCCUCGAGACAUCCAGCUACCUGAACGUGCUGGUCAACAGCCAGUGGAAGUCACGCUGGUGCUCCGUCAGGGACAGUCACCUGUACUUCUACCAGGACCGGAACCGGAGCAAGGCGGCCCAGCAGCCCCUCAGCCUGCUUGGCUGUGAGGUGGUGCCGGACCCGAGCCCGGACCACCUGUACUCCUUCCGCAUCCUCCACAACGGCGAGGAGCUGGCCAAGCUCGAGGCCAAGUCUUCUGAGGAAAUGGGCCACUGGCUAGGCCUCCUGCUCUCUGAGUCGGGGUCCAAGACAGACCCGGAAGAAUUCACCUAUGACUAUGUGGAUGCCGAUAGAGUUUCCUGUAUCGUGAGCGCUGCCAAAACCUCUCUGCUGCUGAUGCAGAGAAAGUUCUCGGAGCCGAACACUUACAUCGACGGCCUGCCCAGCCAGGAUCGCCAGGAGCUGCUGUACGACGAUGUGGAGGUGUCAGAGCUGACAACCGCGGGGGAAGCCCCCGAGGAAGCCAGCCCUGCAACAGAUGUUUCGGGUGAGCCUGACCCUGACCGUGUGUACCUGGACCUCACGCCCAUCAAGUCCUUCCUACACAGCGACAGCGGUGCCCAGGCCCGGGCCGCAUCACCCACGCCGCCCCACCAGGACCCUCCGGCCGAGACUCUCCCUCUCCCUGAAGACUCAGACCCCGCCCCUGAUGAGCCCCUCAUAAAAUCUCCAGAGAACCCCGAGUUGCAGAUGCAGCAGGAGAGUCAGGAACCUGAGGAGCCCUCCCUGGGAGGCACAGAGGUCAAGCUCCAGGCUGCACAGCAGAAGGCCUCCUCUUCCCUGAGCUGCCCUGACACAGUGGCUGUCGCCCCGGCCGGGUCCAGCCCACCUGUGAAGGACAGGCUGAAGGCAACCAGUGCAGAGAUCAAACUUGGCAAGAACCGGACAGAAGCUGAGGUGAAGCGGUACACAGAGGAGAAGGAGAGGCUUGAGAAGAAGAAGGAAGAGAUCCGAGGGCACCUGGCUCAGCUCCGGAGGGAGAAACGGGAGCUGAAGGAGACCCUGUUAAAGUGUACAGACAAGGGGGCGGCGGCCAGCCUGGAGCAGAAGCUGAAGGAGGUGGACGAGGAGUGCAGGGUGGAGGAGCGCAGGCGUGUGGACCUGGAGCUCAGCAUCGUGGAGGUGAAGGACAGCCUGAGGAAGGCGGAGGCCGGGCCCGUGACGCUGGGCACCACCGUGGACACCACCCACCUGGAGAGCGUGAGCCCCCGGCCCAAAGUGGCCACCCCGACUCCUGCCCCCGACUGUACCCCGGUCAACUCUGCAACUGCGCUCAAGAACAGGCCUCUGUCAGUCAUGGUCACGGGCAAAGGCACCGUCCUCCAGAAAGCCAAGGAAUGGGAGAAGAAAGGAGCAAGUUAGGAAACAAACUUCAUCUAAAGACUCUCCUGUCAAUAUGGACCUUGGUGACAAUCCUGCAUCGUUACAGUCUUCGUUCAAGCAGCAACUCUGUGAAAGGGUGAGUCUGUUUACAAGGAAAAGGAAGAACUGGGGUUCUGUGAAUGGAAUACUUCGGCUAAGAGGAGGCUCUGUCCCUGUGCAGGGCCAAAGGAAAUAAUACAAGACUUUUUUGGAGACCCAAGUCUAUUGGUUGUAAACAGGACAUUGCUGUAGUUAGGAGUAUUCUAUGUUUCUUCCUUGAAAUUUUCAUCAGUUGUUUUAUCAGACUUUUUAAAUGAAAAGUUUCUGAUGUGGAGGCCUUGGUGGAGGAGAAAUCAAGGUAGCAGGAUCUUGUCUCACUGAUCACAGGGCUUUGGUGAGAGUAUAUCUCAACUCCUGACCGUCAUCUCCUAUCUGAUACUUAGUAGUGUCAGGGGCUAAACCGUCCUUGUCUUCAACUGUGUAAAAACCAUCUUUUCUUUUUUUUUUUAAGAAAUGGUAAUUGGGAAAAUACCUGGGACCAAGCUGAGGCACUGUUCCUGGUAAAUUAAGGACUUUUUUCAGGCUAAAGUGGGCCUGAACCAAUUGCUUUUAAAUAAAAAUUUUAAAUGAUGCUGUAUUAUAUGGAAAAAAAAAAUGUUUAAAGUCCUGUAAUUUAGAACAGUGAAAAGUGUCUUUUGAGAUUUAACUGACUUUUUACAUUACCAUAGAAACAAGAUUACCCUGUGUUUACAGAUUCAGUCCCAUGGAAAGGCCAUUUUUAAGAGAAGUUAUUUAAUCCAGUGCUCUCUUAGUCCCGGUUUUUUAAGUUGUGCUUGAUGUCCAGGCCCUUUCCAAGAAAAAAGAAGGGGGGCAAAUUUUGUUUCGGGUGCUCUCUUUUUUUAAAAUUGACAGUGCUCUUGUUUAUGUUGCUUGUUUCUCUUCCAAUGGCAUUGUUAACACAGGUUAAAACCAUUUCAUCUAUCAUCUCUGCCUCAUUUCUGGGGGUUCUGAAUCAGAGUUCUCUAACACUGGUUCCUGGGAACUAAAGGUCUUUUGAGUCUGUCUUCUUAUUGUCUUUCUAUUCCCAGGACAUUUAUUUCCUUUGUCAUUAACACUUGGUGUCCCAAGUGGUGAGUUAGAUUUUUUUUUUUUAAUAAAAUGUUCAUUGUAUUUUG